CCUGCCGCCGCGGGGACAGCCGGUCGCUGCUGCCAGUCGGGCCGUCGGGUCGGGCCAUGGAGGCGGAGCCGCCUCUCUACCCGGUGGCGGGGGACGCCGGUCCGCAUGGCGUCGAGGACCCACUCGGGGUCCCCGGCGGGCCGGAGGCCCCGCUGGACGAUCUAGUGGGCGCGUACCCCAACUACAAUGAGGAGGAGGAGGAGCGCCGCUACUACCGCCGCAAGCGCCUGGGUGUGCUCAAGAACGUGCUGGCGGCCAGCACCGGCGGCUCGCUCACCUACGGCGUCUACCUGGGCCUCCUACAGAUGCAGCUGAUCCUGCACUAUGACGAGACCUACCGUGAGGUCAAGUAUGGCAACAUGGGGCUGCCCGACAUUGACAGCAAGAUGCUCAUAGGCAUCAACGUGACGCCCAUCGCAGCCCUGCUCUACACGCCUGUGCUCAUCAGGUUUUUUGGCACCAAGUGGAUGAUGUUCCUGGCCGUGGGCAUCUACGCCCUCUUUGUCUCCACCAACUACUGGGAGCGCUACUAUACACUCGUGCCCUCGGCCGUCACCCUGGGCAUGGCCAUUGUGCCCCUUUGGGCCUCCAUGGGCAACUACAUCACCAGGAUGGCCCAGAAGUACUACGAGUACUCGCAUUAUAAGGAGCAGGAGGAGCAGGGCCCUCAGCGGCGCCCGCCACGGGGCUCCCACGCACCCUAUCUCCUGGUGUUCCAGGUCAUCUUCUAUGGCUUCUUCCAUCUGAGUUUUGCCUGCGCCCAGCUGCCCAUGGUCUACUUCCUGAACCACUACCUGUAUGACCUGAACCACACACUGUUCAACGUGAAGAGCUGCGGCACUAACAGCCACGGCAUCCUCAGCGGCUUCAACAAGACGGUUCUGCGCACGCUACCGCGGAGCCGAAACCUCAUCGUGGUGGAGAGCGUGCUCAUGGCGGUGGCCUUCCUGGCCAUGCUGCUGGUGCUCGGCCUGUGCGGUGCUGCCUACCGGCCCACGGAGGAGAUCGACUUGCGCAGCGUGGGCUGGGGCAACAUCUUCCAGCUCCCCUUCAAGCACGUGCGCGACUUCCGCCUGCGCCACCUGGUGCCCUUCUUCAUCUACAGCGGCUUUGAGGUGCUCUUCGCCUGCACUGGUCUCGCCCUGGGCUAUGGCGUGUGCUCCGUGGGGCUGGAACGCCUGGCGUACCUCCUCGUGGCUUACAGCUUGGGCGCCUCGACCGCCUCAAUCCUGGGCCUGCUGGGGCUGUGGCUGCCACGCUCGGUGCCCCUGGUGGCCGGGGCCGUGCUCCACCUGCUGCUCACCUUCUGCCUCUUCUUCUGGGCCCCUGUGCCUCGGGUCCUGCAGCACAGCUGGAUCCUCUAUGUGGCAGCUGCCCUCUGGGGUGUGGGCAGCACCCUCAACAAGAUCGGGCUCAGCACGCUCCUGGGAAUCCUUUACGAGGACAAGGAGAGGCAGGAUUUCAUCUUCACCAUCUACCACUGGUGGCAGGCUUUGGCCAUCUUUGCUGUGUACCUAGGCUCCAGCCUACCCAUGAAGGCCAAGCUGGCCGUGCUGCUGGUGACGCUGCUGGCGGCCGUGACUUCAUACCUGUGGAUGGAGCAGAAGCUGCGGCGAGGGGUGGUCCCGCGCCAGCCCCGCAUCCCGCGGCCCCAGCACAAGGUGCGCGGCUACCGUUACCUGGAGGAGGACAAUUCCGACGAGAGCGACGCGGAGGGCGAACGCAGCGGCGGCGGCGGCCAGGUGGACGGCGCGGAGGAGGAGGCCUCGCCCACGGGGCCCCGGCCGGGCCCGGAGCCCGCCGGCCUCGGCCGCCGGCCCUGCCCCUAUGAACAGGCUCUGGGAGGCGACGGGCCUGAGGAGCUGUGAGCGACCCGGGCGGCCUGGCCCCAGUCAGCCUCCUGGCUCGCUAACCUCCGUUU